CGUUGGGCGUCGUCCUUUGCCAAAAAGUUGUCUUCCGAAUCGUAGGGCUCGUCCUGGUGUGUCGGAUUCAGAAUGCGCGUUCUAGUUCUGGUGCUAGCAGUUUUCGUACAUCUCGGAACUGGAGCCGAAGCACCCGCUGCAGAUCGAGAAGCGCGUUUGGAAGAAAUUGUCCCCUUCAAUUACGAUGAUUUGUACAAAGAUGUGAAGCAGUACUACGUUAAGUGCGGCAUGGAUGUCAAUAAGCUCGAUUGGUUGUCCAGCUGGCGCGCUUGUCUAGAUUUGAGGAACCAAUUCGGAACGAUCGAAAGCGAAGCCGACCGGAAUGCCCUUUGGGAAGCACUUGGCGGAACAAUCGAUAGCAGUGAGGAGAUGGCAGAAGGUCGUGCUGAUGUGAAGAGCGGUCGUCGCAAGUUUUACUACAUCGGCGGAACCGAUCUGGGAAAAGAAAGCUCUCCGGUCUGGCAGCCCAAUGGGAAAAGUUUCGAAUGGGAACAGAUUGGCUGUCAACCUGAUGAUUCCGCAAGUUCCGGAGAGGAUAACCACAAGAACUGCCUGGCCAUUCGUCCAAAGCGAAAUGAGCCGGGCCAGUUCAGGUGUCGAUGGGAGGCCUGCAGGAAACCGAGAUGUUACGUGUGUCAAUCGUAUCUCAAGGGUUACAGGAAGUAAACAAUUGUGGGAGUAAUUCAAUUCCAUCAUUCAACUUUUGCAAAAAUAAACUAUAUAAAUUAAAAAAAAGGAUCAUUAUACAUUCUAGGUAAAACAUUUCAAUACAAUGAAUAAAGUACAAAAAAAAUAUUUUUUUUUAUCACAU